UCGAGAUCGUUCUUCAAAGGCUCACUCUCUUACCACUGCACAAUUGUACAAAAUGUCGAUUCAGUUGUUCAGCAGCAAACCCGCCAAACCGCGGGCAAUCCCGAGCGAUGCCACCCCCGAGGGCGCCCACCCUCCCACGAUGACCGCUCCGUUUACAAGCAAAGCGAUGAGUCUGACUCCGACGCGCAAUGCGGCGCUGCUCAAGACAAAGCACGGCGAGGUCGCGCUUCGCAUGCCGUCAAAGCCGACAACAGCGACAACGAGCUCAGCACCCAGCGCUGCAGCAGUCAAGGGUCUGGCAGUGGGCGCUGCUGCGACGAUGGAUCGUGCUGGCAAGCGGUCCUGGAGCUCAAUGGAAGCGACCGAGGACGAUGCAGCGAUGGACAGUGAUGACGACGAGGCAGACGAUGGAGCGUCACACGUGGACGAAGACCAAGACCAGGACGACGACUUGGAAGAUGAUGAAGAUGAUGAAGACGACCAAGACGAAGACGCUAUGGACGAUGACAAUGAUGACAACGACAAUGAUGAUGACGAGGAGGAGGAUGACGACGAUGACGACCCUGCCAAGCCUCAAGUCAAUACCACGUUUGCGGCGCUCGGCCUCAAGCAGUGGCUGGUCAAGCAGUGCGAGGCGAUGGGGCUGAAACAUCCGACAGACAUUCAAGUCAACACUAUCAAGCAUGUCCUAGCUGGUCGAAACGUCAUUGGCUGUGCCAAAACGGGCAGUGGCAAGACUGCAGCAUUCGCGCUGCCAAUCCUGCAUCGCCUCUCCGAUGACCCCUACGGGCCGUUUGCCGUCGUGCUAACCCCAACGCGAGAGCUGGCAUUCCAAAUAGCAGAGCAGUUCCGAGCUCUCGGCAAAGGCAUCAAUCUUCGAGAAGCUGUUGUUGUGGGUGGUGUUGAUAUGAUGCAGCAAUCACUGGUACUUGCGAAGCGACCCCACGUUAUUAUUGCGACGCCGGGACGCUUGGCUGACCACUUGAACUCCAACUCGCAACUUUCACUGGCGCGAGCCCGCUUUCUUGUCCUCGACGAGGCGGAUCGCUUGUUGGAAGAAGGCUUUUCUCCCGACUUGAAUCGAAUUCUGGCGGCAGCCUCCAACCCACAACGACAAACUCUGCUUUUCAGCGCUACCAUUACCAAAAACAUUGCCAAUCUGGAGAGCAUGUCCAUGUCGAACGUUGUUCAUUACGAAACCAAGUCGAGCGUGGCGACCGUCACUACCUUGGACCAGCGAUUUGUCAUCACACCCGCAAAAGUGAAGGAUUGCUACCUCAGCUAUCUGCUUGGACAGCACGAGGACAAGUCCAUCAUUGUGUUUACCUCGUCAUGUCGAAACUGCGAAACAAUCACGCGCAUGAUCAAAGCGCUGGGCUUCCGAUGCGUCGCGUUGCAUUCGGAAAUGUCCCAGUCCAUGCGUUUGGGCUCGCUUGCCAAGUUCAAGUCAAGCAUCGUUAAUAUCUUGAUUGCUACGGAUGUUGCGAGUCGUGGUCUUGACAUCCCGACGGUCAAGUUGGUGAUUAACAAUGAUGUUCCUCGCACUUCCACCGAUUAUGUGCACCGAGUUGGUCGUACGGCUCGUGCAGGUCGAGGGGGCAUGGCCGUCACCUUCGUUACUCAAUACGAUAUCGAGCUAAUCCAGCAUAUCGAGUCCAAGAUCAAGGUCAAACUUUCAGCCUUGACCAUGGAUGAGGAUGCUGCGCUUGUGAAUCUUAACGACGUGACCACCGCAAAGCGCACGGCGAUCAUGGAAAUGGCGGAGGAAAACUUUGGCGAGCGACGAAGGCGUAAUUUGGAAAAGCAAGACAUGCACCGCAACGCAGCAGCGGCGGAAGCGGCAGCAGCAACGAAAUCCUCCAAAAGGGCGCGCCUGACAGCUGAGUGAACUCCUUCAACCUUGCUUUCGAAUACAAAAUCGC